UUACACCAGUUCGGCAGGUGGCCCUGCAGUUUUCUGAGUGACCACAUCCAUUAAAAAUACCAAAACCCCAAUAGACAAACAGAUAAAGAAACAGCGAAGUGAAGCUGCUGGGGCUGGAAGAUUGAAGACAGCAAUGGCUCUGUUAAUAAAUAGCCUGCUAGUCCUACCCGCGCAACAACUCGGUCUGAGUCGAACUCACUCCGCUGCUACGAGUUAUCUCAACUAUUCACAUCGCUGCAGAGCAACAUCCUCCGUUUCGCUUCGGUUCUGUCAUGGGAACCGAAAAGUCAAGACCAAAGCCUCCAACGCAGAUAACCAAGAAGUCAAAUUGGAAGAGAAAAAUGAGGAGGAGGAAGAAGAAGAAGAAGAAUUUCGGGUACUGACGGCCAUGAAAAGCGGUUUCAACGACAUUGUGAUCGUCGACACUCCGAAAUCGAGAAUGCUGCUCCUCGAUUCUUCUCAUAAUGUGCAUAGCAUUGUUUGCAAGGACCAGAAGUGGACUGCUUCCUACUGGUCUUUGUAUUUGUGUUGCAUUGUGCAGGAUGAGUUUGCUAGCUUGCCUGCUAUUGUUCCGAAAGGUCCUAUUGCCAUCCUUGGUUUGGGUGGUGGAACAGCUGCUCAUUUGAUGCUCGACUUGUGGCCGUCAUUGCAGCUUGAAGGUUGGGAAAUUGAUCAAAUUUUGAUUGAUAAAGCAAGAGAAUAUCUUGGGCUGUCUUAUCUUGAGAAGCAUACUCAAGCUGGUGGCAUACUUAACAUUCAUAUUGGCGAUGCCCUUUCUCCUUCAGUUAAUAUUCCUGGAGGAUAUGCUGGCAUUGUCGUUGACUUGUUUUCUGAUGGAAAUGUUUUGUCACAGUUGCAAGAGGUUACAACUUGGUUGGAAAUAAAGAAUAAAUUGAUGCCGAAUGGCCGCCUAAUGGUGAAUUGUGGCGGCAUAGAUGAAGCAUCUGAUGUCAGAAAGGAAGCAGCUCAUCCAAAACAUAUAUCCACCGAUGAAAGUUGGCUACAAAAUUCUACUAUCAAGGCAUUAUCUAAAGCAUUCCCUGGACAAGUAGGGCUUUUUAGGUUAGCUGGAAGAAAAUGCCACAAACUUUUGGUGAAAAUUAUCUUGCACUUACGGGACCUUUGCCAGAGGUGACUUCAUGGUCUGCUGCAGUAACAGGUCCAUUGACAGACAGUGUGAAACAAUGGAGACCAUGCGAACCUUGUUCUUGGAGAUAACUACGGUGCAUCCCCAAAUCGCACGAUCACAAAGAACGCUGCAUCCGCUGAGGUUUAAUCCGCCGAGCAAAGGUUGAAACAGCCUAUACCAAGAUGUAUACAUUAUCUGUAUCUUAAGCUUACAACUCGAUUGAUUGUAGUAACUUGGUCAAUUGAAGAUUUGCUCCACUGUAUCAGUUUUUGCUCCAUGCAUCACAAAUAUAUAAGAUGAGAUGAGAUCAAGUGUUAGUGUUA